AUGACGGUGCCCACUGAAAACACAGAUGGAGAAGAGAGCCUGACCUCAUCCAAGCAGCAGCAACGACAAUCGGGAGACAAACACAUGGAACCUCUGGGGACUGAUGAUGACUUCUGGGGCCCUUCAGGACCUGUGUCUACUGAGGUGGUUGACAGAGAGAGGAACCUGUACCGAGUGCGAUUGCCCAUGGCUGGUUCCUACCACUGUCCCAGCACAGGACUCCACUUCGUGGUGACAAGGGCAGUGACAAUCGAGAUUGAAUUCUGUGCCUGGAGCCAAUUCCUGGAUGAGACUCCCUUGCAAGACAGUCACAUGGUGGCUGGACCUCUGUUUGACAUCAAGGCUGAGCAAGGAGCUGUGACUGCAGUGUACCUCCCUCAUUUUGUGUCCCUCCAAGAGGGAAAGGUGGACAGCUCCUUGUUCCAUGUUGCCCACUUCCAAGACCAUGGGAUGGUCCUAGAAACGCCAGCAAGGGUGGAACCGCACUUCGCAGUACUGGAAAACCCAAGCUUCUCCCCUAUGGGAGUUCUACUGAGAUUGAUUCCUGCUGUGGGACACUUCAUCCCCAUCACUUCCAUCACAUUGAUCUACUAUGACCUGUAUCUCGAGGACAUCACCUUUCACCUUUACCUGGUCCCCAAUGACUGCACUAUUCGGAAGGCCAUUGAUGAGGAAGAAAUGAAGUCUCAGUUUGUGCGCAUAAACAAGCCACCCCCAGUAGAUGCUCUUUAUGUUGGUUCCCGCUAUACGGUGUCUAGCCCCAAAGAGGUGGAAAUUCGCCCAGAGGUAACGAUACUACCGGAAAUUGAAGAUGACCGUGAGUUAGUAGACUCAGAGGACACAGUUAGAGACGUAUUUGCGCGAAGCUUGUCAAAUGCAUCUUUCAAAGGCACUUGGAUUGCUUCAGUUCAAAUGUUGGAAAUGAUGGGUCGCUGGGGGUGGGGACAGGGCCUAAAGCCUCCGCAUCACCGCCUGAAGCGCUUCGAGGAUGAGAUUAUAGAGGACCUCCAUGAAGCUGGCUGUUCUUCUGAUCGUACUCCAAGGGGAGGCCAGGUCACCAGCAAGGACGCUCACUCUUUUCAGUAG